AUGGAACUGCAGCAGAUUCAAAAUCAGAUCACUAGACAAUGCACAGACAUUUUACUUCUACUUGAAAACAAAGCUUUACAAAAUCUAGAGAAAUGGUCCAAUGUGGAGAAGAGUGUGCUAAAGCAGAAAUCCAGGGCUAGAGCAAAAUUGACUGAUCAAACAGCUAUAAAAGAAGAGAUUAUUGGCUUCUACAAAUCACUAAAGGGAGCAGCUGCUCAUACCCUUCCUGCAGUAAGCAAAGCAACUAUGAGGAGAGGACCUGUCCUAAAUCAGCUACAGGGAAUACAUCUGUGUAAGGAUAUCACUAACGAUGAGAUUCAUGAUGCACUUUUCUCUAUUGGGGAUGACAAAUCCCCUGGAGUAGAUAGUUACAAUGUAUGUUUUUACAAAAAAUCACGAGGCCUCAUCAAAGAGGAUAUUCAGAAAGCUAUUAAGGAAUUCUUCACUACUGGUGUCAUGCAUAGAGCUAUCAAUUGCACUAUACUUACCCUGGUUCCAAAGACUGCUGCUCCUUCACUUGCCAAUUACCAGCUGUACUAUCCUUUACAAAAUCAUAGCAAAGAUCUUGACUGCUAG